UCUGUUAACAGCUUAUAUAAGGGCGACACAGCUGAGACUAAUUUGUUGAUUGGAGGGUGUCAACUUAAAAAUGUCACAGGGGUGCACCAAACCCAAGGAAGAAAUUACCAGCUUGAUAUCAUGUAUGGAGGCUUUUUAUCAUUUUAUUUAGUCAAAUAUGAUUCCUGCGUCAUUGUCUGACUCAUCCACAACAUUAACAAAGAGUGUCAAGUUUUUGCCAGAAUCUGAAUAAACUCGAGAAUGGUCUUUGACUGUUGCACAGUUCUGUAUGUUCACAUGAUGAGGCUUCAUGAAGUUAGUGAGCAGAGUCUCAGGAAGUUCUAAUGGAAGAUGGCCAAACAGACCAGACAUGUGAUGAGGAAAAUACCAUCUUCAUGUGACCCAUGUCUGAGGAGUGGCUCAUGGACGAGGACAAACACCCAUUUGUGCUGUUUUCCUCAGUCGGCUCUGAACCACGGAAGGGAAUCCACCAGUCAGCCUGCUUCGAUCGUCGGAUGAAGCCACUGUGGCAGGAUGCACACUAUUAAGACAGUGGAAACCCAGGUGCCCUUUCUGAAAGAGAGUUUCUUCACCUCCACUUUCAAAGGCAGGAGGAAGAGCAGCGUUACCAACCUCCUCCGUAAACAACAGCACUCGCUCCUCAAUCAACAACACCAGCAACAUCCGUGCAUUUUAGAGCAUCAGCAGCAGCAAUUUCUCUCCCCUUCAGUAGAGAAUGAACAAGGCCAGCGCACUCCGGAGCAUCAGCGACUUGUUCGCUCGACCAGCAGCCCGUUAUGCAAGACAGCCGAGCGUGCAAGAGCAGAUGGGGAUAGGAAGGAGGGGCAAAAAGAGAGGAAGGAUCAGAGAGUGAGAGAGGCUGUGCAGGGUAGUGGGGGAGAGCGAAGAGUGAGUGGUAGCGAGCCCGUGGCUGUCAGUGCCAGUCCCCUCCUCCUUUCAGCAUCAGCGGCUCCGGGAGAGGCAGCAUCACUCUCACAGCUGCCUCUAACUGUAGUGGGCAGACAGCAGGGAUUAGGCGGCUCUGAUAGGGCUCUGACCAACAGAGGACCAGCAUCAGAAGCAGCCCAGGAGGAAGCCCAGCAUGCCCAGCCUCGAUCCCAGCAGCAUGGCCUGUUAGCCAAGGGUGUCCGCCUGUUCAGGAACAUGGGGAACCAGGAGACAAAGCAGAAGAAAGGAGGAGGAAGUGCUGGAGCAGUGGGAGAUGCCUCCUGUGAUGGCGAUGCUGAUGAGAGGGAAGUGGACAAAAGAUCGAAAAAGUCCCACAAUAAGAUAAGUAAAGGAGGAGGGGAUAAUAGUGGUAGGAAGAAAUCAAAGUCAGAGUCGAAGGGUUCUGUGUUUUCCGGCAUGAAGAUCAGGAAGAGUUUAUCGAAGGCGAAAGGGUUGUCUAAGGAUGACAUGUUGGAUGAUGGGAGGUCAGCGCACUUUGGCAAAGCAGGGCUGAAGCCCGGUGCAGAGGCGAGCUUGUCAGCUAAUGAGAUGGGCAUGCUAUCAGAUGUCGAGGGGGAUCUAUGCCGUCUGACCACAGACAGUGAACAGUCUAUGGUGGAUGAGCUCGGCCGAAAGACGAGCUCUGGGUCGGAUGCUGACCUUUACAGUUUUCACUCAGCAGCAGCUGAAAAUGAAGACCUGCUCUCUGACAUCCAACAGACCAUAAGAGACCAAUGUGUGGCCAGUGACAGGCUGGAAAUGGUGACCGGGUUCUUAUCCAAAGGGUCAACAUCUGAGGGGAUCAAAGUCUCUGAGAAGGUAAUGUCUCACCAGCUCCUUAAUCUGGAUAAGGAAGUUUUCUCACCCUCUGUUGGUGCUGAAUGUGUACCUCAAGAAGUAAGUGAAGGGUGUAAAGAUUUAGAGAACGAAAGCUGUUCUUCUGGUCAAGGGUCCCCGAGUGGAAGUGGUCUAACAUCUUCAGCCCCGGACAGCAGUGGCAGCCUCCUACCAAAGACUAACAGCUCGUACAGCUUCCCUGACACUACGCCCACCAGCACCUCGUAUGAGAGCGCUGAGGAACACCAGGAUGACCUGGAGAGUCCCGUUCUGCACCCGCUGCAGCCUCGAGGUAAUCAGGCACCACAGAGCAGAAACACAUGUGUGCCAAGUGUCCGUUUGGACCCCAUGGUAGCAGGGGCGUGGCCUAUGGGGUCUCACAAGAGUGUGAGCAGCAUGGACCUGUCUCUGGAGAGGGAGGAGGAAGAGGAAACUGGGAGACAGGACUUCCUGUCCCUGAAAAGGAGGAAGAGUAGUUUGUCUUUUAGUCAGCUAACAGCAGACAGCCCCCUUGGGUCUCAGUCGAGACGGACGUCCUCCACCACCUCUCCCUCAACUGUCAAACUCUACCCUCCAGUCCACCCCUCCUAUGUUAAGACCACCACCAGGCAGCUCACCUCUCCGAUCAGCUCCCCCAUUACCAGCCCCAACGUGCCCAGAAAAACAGACAUCGCUGUUGCUCCAGUAGAAUCUACCAAGGGGUUUAGGAGGCACAAGCAGCGGUCUUGCUCCAUUGCUGGGCCCCUCGGUGAGUCUGCAGACUGGUUCACUGAGCUGGAUAAGCUUAGAGGGAGACAGGGUGGCAGGGCCAAAUUUCCAGAGCAGGAGACACCAGAGAAGAGUCACACGGGUGGGACGUACUGGACGCUGGGCUCCAGGAGAGCACAUUAUGGAAGGCAGACCUCCGCCACCACAGCACCCUACCUGGAUGUCUUCUCUGGUCGCACUCUGUUGGACUGGCUGUGUAUGCAUGGUGGAGAUGGGUCUGCAGAAGAGGAAGCGAAGGAACUGUGUCACCGAAUGUUGGUCCAGGGUCUGCUGCACCCCUUCAGCGACAUCACAGCCGAGCUCCCUGGUGACAGCGCUGCCUCCGGAGUCUUUAAUGAGGAGCAGCUGUACACCUGGGCUUCUGUAGGUCUGCCAGUGUCUUCUCACCUGUGGGAACUCUAUGGGGGGCGAACCUCAGGCAGAGAUCAAAGCUUGAGAUCACCUUUGCAUCAAUCAUCAUCCAAGACAUCAGGAGCUCUACACUCUCAGGCUGAAUCCAGUUGGUUGAAGUCGGGUCAGUCAUCCUCAGAGGAUGAAAGCUGCCUCAUCCCUCAGCUGGAGAGGACCGUCGAUGACCUGCGGAUUAAGAUUGCUGUGUUGCAGGGCCAGCAGGCCUCCUUGGCAAAGAGCAGCGGUGAUAAUACUGGAGCUCUGGUCGCUGCCCAACGCAAGGCCUCACAGAUGAGAGGAGAAGGAGGAGGAGGAGUGGGAAAGAUGAGCCAGGAGGUGUCCGUCCAGACCUCACCUGUGGAGGAGGGGUUUAAGUUUGACGUGCCUUUCGUCGGAGGAUCAGGCGGUGUGUCGUCUUCUGUUUCAUCCUCCAACCCCAAAUCUACAGAGAGCUUUGUCUGCACGUGCCAGAAGAGGCAACCGAGCAGCGCCCAUCAACCUCCUCCACCACCACCGCCUUUACCAGCGGGUAGUGCUCCUCCUCCUCCUCCUCCUCCUCCACCACCACCGCCUCCCCCGCCCUUACCCGGGUUUGGACCCUGUCCACCACCGCCACCCCCUCCUCCUCCUCCACCACCAGGUUUUGGACCUCCUCCGCCCGGUUUCGGACCUCCACCCCCACCUCCUCCUCCGCCGGGCAUGGGCCCUCCUCCACCACCGCCCCCUCCACCGGGAAUGGGCCCCCCUCCACCACCCCCACCCCCAGGCUUUGGACCUCCACCACCACCAGGUCCCAUGCCCUCCAUGAUGGUCCAGGAAGCUGCCUCUGCCAAGGCUGCGAUAGAGCCCCCCAAGCCAAUGAAGCCCCUUUACUGGACUCGGAUACAGCUGAAUGCUAAAAAGCCCGUUGGCUCACUGGUGUGGGAGACAAUCGAGGAACCGAGUGUGGACUUUCAAGAAUUUGUAGAACUAUUCUCCAAAAGUGCUGUAAAGGAGAAGAAAAAGCCAAUUUCAGAUACAAUCAGCAAGUCCAAGGCCAAGCAGGUGGUGAAGCUCUUGAACACCAAGCGUUCGCAGGCUGUGGGUAUUCUGAUGUCCAGCAUUCAUCUUGAUAUGAAGGACAUCCAGAACGCCGUCCUAAAUAUGGACAACACUGUCGUUGAUCUGGAGACCCUGCAAGCUCUUUAUGAGAAUAGAGCUCAAAAUGACGAGAUGGAUGGAAUUAAAAAGCAUAUUAAAUCAUCCAAAGACAAGGAGGACGCCAAGCCACUGGACAAGCCAGAACAGUUUCUAUUCCAGUUAUCCCAAAUCCCCAACUUCUCUGAACGAGUGUUCUGCAUCCUGUUUCAGUCAACUUUCCAUGAAUGUAUCACCUCAAUCGUCCGCAAAAUAGAAAUCCUUCAGAGAGUGUGCAAGACUCUCCAGAAUGGUAAGUGUGUAUCGCAGGUGCUCGGCCUGGUGUUGGCUUUUGGCAACUUCAUGAACGGAGGUAAUCGGUCUCGAGGGCAGGCCGACGGCUUCACCUUGGACAUUCUGCCAAAGCUGAAGGACGUCAAGAGCAGUGAUAACUCCCAGAGUCUUUUGUCCUACAUUGUUGCUUACUAUCUAAGGCACUUUGAUGAGGAUGCUGGCAGAGAGACGUGUGUCUACUCUCUGCCUGAGCCUCAGGACCUUUUCCAGGCCUCCCAGAUGAAGUUUGAAGACUUUGAAAGAGAUCUGCGCAAGCUGAAGAAAGACCUCAAUGCAUGCUCAGCAGAGACGGAGAAAGUUUGCAAGUUUUCCUCUGAAGAGAACCUGCAACCCUUUAAGGGCAAGAUGGAGGAAUUUCUAAGCCAAGCCAAAACCGAACUGGAAACACAAGAGAAGCAGCUGGCAGACACUCUGAAGAUCUUCUUGGAGUUGAGUGUUUCCUUCUCAGUUAAACCCAAGGCCGGAGAGAAAGAGGUCUCUCCCAACACUUUCUUCUCCAUUUGGCACGAGUUUUCCACUGAUUUCAAAGACCAAUGGAAGAAGCAUAAUAAGCUGAUGUUACAGGAACGGGUCAAAAUGGCUGAAGAGUGCUUCAAACAGGCCAAGGAGAAGGCUUCCUACAAUGUGAAACCCAAACAUGCAACUGGAAUCAAAGCAAAGCUGGGUCAGAAGAUCUGAAGCAGAGAAUGGAAAAUUAUCAUCACGCAGCCUAUUGCACAAACACUGUCUGUACAAUCUGACGUGACUCAUCGGUCAUUUUUACAGUCUUUAUUUUCUUCCGGUGUUUGUUUUCAAUUGAUUUAGACCUGUUGUUUAUGGUGAGUUAGUUCCAAGUGGAUAUUAUAUUGAUUAAAAGUGGAAUGAAAAAUUACAUUCUCAGCCACCCUUUCAUAGCACUUGCAUAAUUAAAUGAAACAUUGCCACCAAAAGACUUCCUUAAGCUGAGAUGAUUAAAUGUGGUUGCUAGAAAAUGCCAAGUGGAGUCUGAAAUUUGUAGCAACACUAUAUCCAAGCUUACUCUGUAUUUUAUAAGCCAUAUGUAGCCUAUUUUCUUUGUUUAGUGCAAUUCCUAAGCCGAGUUUAUAGUAAGGAAUGAGCACUUCCUCUUUAUAUAUCCCUUAAUGGUCGAAAGCACAGAAUUUUAUAACAUUUCUACACAGUAGGCAUGGAUCACCUGCCAGACUGAAAGUGCCUUAUCGCACAGCGGAGGGGUCAAAUCAGUGCUGUAGAUCAGAGCUUAAUAUUGAGACAUAUCACCUUUAAUUAAAUGUUACAUGUUAAGAAGAGAAACCUGUUUUACAUCAGCUUAAACAUGACAACUUUACGGUUCUUAAUAGUUUCAUCAAAUUUGCUUCAGAACCUUAUUAUGACUAUAGCAGCUCCUACAUUGUCGUAUUAUAUGUCUUUCAUCCAAAAAGGCCAUGCAUACCUUAGUGAUCUGACAUAGACUUAAUAUUGUUUUACUCAGCACUUUUGUCAAAAUGCUUUAUGUUUUAAGCAAAAACCCUAUGCAGUUAGUUUUGCCUUUCCUACUAUAUGCAAAUGGGGCAAUAGGACCAUGUUAUAUGAUGUUCGUGUGCAAUACCAACAAUGUGUUUUGACUGAAUACCCUUG